AUGUUGGGAGGAUCAAAUUUUGGAGAAUUGUUGGGAGCAGGAUUAUUGUUCUUAUUGGCUAAAAAGGUGAAAAAGCCAACCAUUUGGAUCAUUCUUGAUGCUGUGUUUUUAAAUUUGAUGUGGAUUUUCCCAUUCCUUACUUUUGAUGAAAAGACAGACAAUAAUUUAAUCUUUGCAAUUUGUAUUGUUCCUGCCAUGGUGUUGACUUCUGAUGAAGCCAAUGAAGAAACAGGGGUGAACGAAUUGGCUGCCGUAAUGAGCUUCUUAUAUUCCUGCUACAUCAUCAUUACCACAUUUAUUGUAUUUGGCUUGUCACAAGGACUUGAUCGAUUUAAUGCUGAAAAGAGACCAGAAUUAGGUUUCAUGACCAUUUGCAUUUUACUCACCGUGUUAUCAUUUAUCAUUUGCGCUCUGUAUUUACUGUUUGCGAAAAUUAAGCCAACACCAGAAGAGGAAGAAUUAGAACGAAAGAAUCAAGAAAUGCAAGUUCUUUCAGGAGUGCCCAAAGAAGUUGAUGUUCCUCCUCCGGGAAUUGAUCCGUAUCAUGAUUAUGUUGAUAAUCGCACAGAUCCGUCCGAUGUAAAAAUUUCUUAUAAUUUACAGUGUAUUUUAGUCAGCGAUUAUGAACAAGCAAGUAUUGUAUGUUAUGACUUGAAAACAAGAGAAGAGCUCAAAACAAUUUAUAUCUCAACAAGACAAGUAAGACAUUUGUGUAUUGAAGAAAAUGAAAUUGAUGAUGCAUUGAUAUUUGCGAGUAGUACUUUAAUACUCAAGUAUGAUUUGAGACGGUUACUUGCAUUACCUGAAAAGCGCGUCCAAUUAAAGAUACAAACACAACCAUUCUACCUUUGGAAAAGUGAAGCAUGUAAAUGGGCCCAAGGAAUUGCAAUUCCAUAUCAUUCCAAAGCAUCAUCUACAAAAACGGUAUAUGUCUGUGAUAUUGCUUGUAACACAAUUGUGCAGUUAAAUUUACAAAAUGGAGAACUCAUUUCGAAAAUUCCUAUAGAUCGACCUUUUGGGCUUGCUUUUUCUCAGCCAUGGACUAAUUUUACAGCAGCAGAAUACAUGAUUGUUACUCAAGUAGAGCCAAAACACACGAUAACCAUUUUUCAAAGGGAACAAGAUGUUGAAGGUGGAGACAAAUGGAAUCAUUUCAAAACAUUAGGAAAACUUGGUAGCCUAAAUGAUGAAUUACGAAAUCCAUGUGGUGUAGUGUGUGAUCAUAAUAAUGGAACUAUUAUUGUAGCAGAUUGUGACAAUGCACGAGUUCAAAUAGUUUCAUUGCAGAAUUUUGAGUGGAUUGCAAGAUUUGGUAAACCAAUGUCUACAUCCCCGUCUGAUCACUACAUUAGCAUGGAGCCAUUAUCACCUGAAACAUCGUUUCAUUUUACGUAUUAUCCUUAUGGUCUAUGUCUUAACGAGUUGACAGGAGAGUUAUUCGUAUGCGAAAGUGAAAAUAAAUUUGAAUAG